UCCUCCUCAUCCCAUACAAUUCCCCAUCCCACUAUCUGUUCACUAUAACUUCAAACCGCUUCAAGGUCGCUAGUACACAUCUCAACGCAAAAACAUCUACCACAAUGUCUUCCAACCAGAACGCUCCCGGUCUCGUUUCCGGCCAUGCACAAUAUGUCAAGGGGGCUGCUGAAGAAACUAUUGGCAGUGUCACUGGCUCCGAAGCAUGGAAAUCCUCCGGUGCGCAAGACAAGUCCCAGGCCGUAGACGCAAUGAAGUCCGCCGGUCAGAACCGUGACCCCAACACGCAAGGAUUUGGGGGCAUCGAGCAGAAGGCAGGAAGUUUGGUAGGAUGUGAAGGUAUGGAGAAGGAGGGCGCUGCAUCGAAAACACAGUAG